CUAGAGCUACCCCCCGUGACCCGUCCGUCUGCUUAGGACUCUACAGCCCCACGCCACCUCCCUCGAUUUUGCGAGUGCCAGCACAGUCAGCCAUUGAGGCUUGGGAGGGAUUGCGCACGCAGAGGAAAAGCGAAGGGCUGAGUCUGAGAGAGAGACAGAGAGAGAGAUGUGGCGAUUCGUUUCUCGCGGCCUUGCCCUUCCUUCUUCGUCUUCGAGGAGGGGGAUCACCGGCGAAUCGCUGAAACCUCACAUUUCUAGGCUUUUCUCCACUGAAGCAAGUGGGGGACGGGCCUCUUACACUGUGGUGGACCAUACAUACGAUGCGGUUGUUGUAGGAGCAGGAGGUGCAGGGCUUAGAGCAGCCAUAGGACUCUCCGAGCAUGGAUUCAACACUGCUUGCAUUACCAAGCUUUUCCCUACUCGAUCCCACACGGUUGCGGCUCAGGGUGGCAUAAAUGCUGCAUUAGGGAAUAUGACUGAAGAUGACUGGAGAUGGCACAUGUAUGACACAGUUAAAGGAAGUGAUUGGUUAGGUGACCAAGAUGCUAUACAAUAUAUGUGUAGGGAGGCUCCAAAAGCUGUGAUAGAACUUGAGAAUUAUGGGCUGCCAUUUUCCCGAACUGAAGAUGGGAAAAUAUAUCAGCGUGCAUUUGGUGGUCAGAGCCUCGACUUUGGAAAAGGUGGGCAGGCUUACCGUUGUGCCUGUGCUGCUGAUCGAACUGGGCAUGCUCUAUUGCAUACUCUGUAUGGCCAGGCUAUGAGACAUAAUACACAAUUUUUUGUGGAGUAUUUUGCUCUGGAUCUUUUAAUGGAUAGCAGUGGUAGUUGCCAAGGAGUGAUUGCAUUAAAUAUGGAGGAUGGGACAUUGCAUCGGUUCCGUGCUGCUUCGACAAUUCUGGCCACAGGGGGCUAUGGUCGAGCAUACUUUUCUGCAACCUCAGCUCAUACUUGUACUGGUGAUGGCAAUGCGAUGGUUUCACGUGCUGGUCUCCCGCUCGAGGAUCUUGAGUUUGUGCAGUUUCACCCAACUGGUAUAUAUGGUGCUGGUUGUCUCAUUACUGAAGGAUCCCGUGGUGAAGGAGGUAUCCUUAGGAAUAGCGAAGGUGAGCGAUUUAUGGAACGUUAUGCCCCUACAGCAAAGGAUCUUGCAUCAAGAGAUGUGGUUUCAAGAUCUAUGACUAUGGAAAUUCGAGAAGGCCGUGGUGUAGGACCUAUGAAGGACCACAUCUAUCUCCACUUGAAUCACUUACCCCCUGAUGUGUUGAAAGAGAGGCUUCCUGGUAUCUCUGAAACUGCUGCUAUUUUUGCCGGUGUUGAUGUUACAAAGGAGCCCAUCCCUGUGUUACCUACUGUUCAUUAUAAUAUGGGUGGGAUCCCCACCAAUUAUCAUGGAGAGGUUGUCACCAUUAAAGGUGAUGAUCCAGAUGCUGUAGUUCCUGGAUUAAUGGCUGCUGGGGAGGCAGCUUGUGCAUCAGUUCAUGGUGCCAAUCGACUCGGUGCAAAUUCUCUUCUCGACAUUGUUGUUUUUGGUCGAGCUUGUGCUAACAGGGUUGCUGAGAUUCAUAGACCAGGUGAGAAACAAAAACCUUUGGAAAAGAAUGCUGGGGAGAAGACAAUUGCAUGGCUGGACAAACUGAGAAAUUCAAAUGGAUCCAGUCCAACUUCAAAAAUUCGGUUGAAUAUGCAACGGAUAAUGCAAAAUAAUGCUGCUGUGUUCCGCACUCAAGAAACAUUAGAGGAAGGUUGUAAGUUGAUUGAUAAAGCAUGGGAGAGCUUUCAUGAUGUUCAGGUGAAAGAUCGGAGUCUGAUAUGGAACUCUGACUUGGUAGAAACUUUUGAGUUGGAAAACCUUCUGAUAAAUGCAUGUAUCACCAUGCAUUCUGCUGAAGCCAGGAAAGAAAGUAGAGGAGCUCAUGCCCGUGAAGAUUUUACGAAAAGAGAUGAUGAGAAAUGGAUGAAACACACCUUGGGAUAUUGGGAGGACGAGAAGGUUCGGUUAGCCUACAGGCCAGUUCACAUGAACACCCUAGAUGACGAGGUUGAGUCUUUCCCACCUAAAGCUCGUGUAUAUUGAUACAUUUGGUCAUAAUAUUUUAAAAAAGGAAAAUCUGAGGCGUAUCCAGAUGAGCUGUUGCAAGGUUUAGGCUGCAAUAAAUUGUUUUAGGUGCGAGCAUUUUGAUAAUAAUUUUUGCAUUAAUUACUGCUGGACCAAUGUGAUCGAAAGCAAUGUAAAAUUCGAAUAACAACUUACACUUGUAUUUGCGCCAUCAAACUAUGGUUUUGCAAUUGCUCUUUAGCUUGAUGGUUGAUUCUGUGGCUUAAAA